CUCAGGUGACUGGCAUCGAGGUCGCCGUCGCCACCUGCGCCUGCCCGCUCGUUUCUUCCGGCUCCAAGGAAGCCACUUCUCCUCCGCCGCCGGCAUGCAGACACUGAGCUCAGCCGCCGGUCGCCUCCCGGGCCCUCUCUUCUGCGCCCUCGUCCUCUUCUUGCUCGAAGGAUCAGUUGUUUACCAGGCUUAUGCUGUGGAUGUAGAAGUGAAAGAUGCAUCCAAUGAGACAUGCCUAUUUGGAAAAUGGAUUAUGAACAUCUCUAUAACAUAUGAAACUGAACACAAUGAAUAUAAAAACACAGUUCUUACGUUCCCUGAACAUGUAAGGUAUGAUGGAAGCAGUUGUGACAACGAAAUAUCUGGCCCUGUGCUAGCUAUAGAAUUUGGAGAAGGUCAUUCUUGGAAUAUCAGCUUCACAAAAACAAGCGACACCUAUCAAGGGAUCAUCUCCUUCACCUACAACACCAAUGACACAACACUGUUUCCAGAUGCCAAAAUGAAAGGACUAAUUACUACCUCUACAAACUAUCCUUUGCAUCCAGUUGAUCUAGACACAGUUUUCAUUUGUCAAAAUGUGGACUUCGUUGAAUCUGGCAGUGUUAUACAGAACUUCCAGAAUGUCAUCCUCGAGGCUUUUCUUCCCUCUGGCAACCUAAGUAACCAAAAGACCGUGUGUGAUAAAGAUGCUGUAGUCACCCCUGAGCCUGAUGUUCCUCAUACGACCUCCACCUCCACCUCCACCUCCAUCACCAAUACCACCUCCAUCACCAAUACCGCCUCCAUCACUAAUACCGCCUCCAUCAUCACCAAUGACACCACAGUGGAGGCUAACACAACGUUCUCAUCACGUUCCAUCAGCCAACCAGAUGAGAUACCUGCCACAGGAACCUACUCUGUUAAAAAUGGCACCGAGAUCUGUCUUCUGGCAAACAUGGGGCUGCAGCUGAACAUGACAAAGACUCUUAUGAACAUUAAUCCAAACACAACUAUAGCUAGCGGGAAUUGUGGCAAUAGAUCUUCUGUCCUCACCCUGACAGAUACCAGCAUCGUGCUUGACUUCACUUUUGCUGUCAAGAACACAAGCAUUGAAAGAUUUUACCUGAAAGCGGUGGACGUCACUGUGAUGAACCCUGUAAAUGGAACGCAGUAUGCUGCAAGUGACAAUCUCGAUUUCUGGGAGGCCUCCCUCGGAAACUCAUACAUGUGUCGAAAAAAGGAGAAUCUUGUAGUGACUCCUUCAUGUAGCCUGAACGUCUUCAACUUAAGGAUCCAGCCAUUUCAAGUACAGAAUGGCGAGUUCUCAAUAGCACGAGAGUGUUUGCUGGAUGAUGACACCUAUCUAAUCCCAGUAAUAGUUGGCGCUGGUCUUGUGGGCUUGAUUAUGAUUAUAGUGGUUGCUUACGCGCUUGGCAGAAGACAGAGCCAACCCGGAUAUCAAACCUUGUAAAUUUUGUGUGACUUGUUCUUGGCUUUGGCUGUGAUUUCUAAAGAAAAGUGCAAGCUCCCAAAUGGAAACCAGCCACUAAAAAGGUCCAAGAUUCUCUCCUCCUUAAAACUGUGGAGAUGGCCCCCCAAAACAAAACAUGAUCAAGAAUGUACCUCUUCUGAGCAUAAUAAGGACGUCAUAAAAAUGUAUUGGGACUGACUAAUAGCCAUGGCAAAACCAGCCCAUGGAAAGUUAACCUUUCAAAUACAUUUGUAUGCAAACUUCAUGUGUAGAAAUGUACCUGUAAAGCAGGCAAUGGUACAAAAAGGAAUCACAAAGGGUGACCCACUUAGGGUAUCAAGAGCAGCAUGGAAAAGCUGGGGUUUGUACUUACUGCUUUGUACACUCCAUCCUUUACAACUCAAAGGUAACCUGGCUGACUUGGUGACUUGUAGCCCAGGAUACCAGUCAGGGGAGCUGUGCAGUGCUUAAGCAGCAUUUUUCCAGCUCAUGGCAUUCAGCAAUUAAAAUCCCUUCGCAGCCACCUCAGCCCAAGCAAACCUGAAUAAUGUCGGCAAGGAUGUAAAAGCUUUUCCUUUACUAGCACCAUGGCACUACUAACUUCUGAAGCUUGUAAAUCCUAAUUACUGUCUGGUCCUACCUGGUCAAUUGGAAAACCGCAGAGCUGGAUCAUGUGGGAGCUUAGUAUUGCUAUCUUGCUACCUGCAGGGAUAGAGGAGGAACCCUUUAUCUUACCAUUCUCAUUCCUUUCUUUAAAAUAAAAAAGAGAGAGAAUCAGAGUUCAAAGUGCCCUUAACUUUUACAGCAAAUAACUGGGCUUGCUGUUAAAAGUCUAUUUGUUCCAUUGUAGCCAUUGAUACAGGCUUGAAGCUGUUAAGUCUGUUUAUACUUACUUGUGCACUAAAAUAGAAACUACCGUAUGUUCUUGGUUAUACAACCUUGGAUAUUAAAAAAGUAAGAUCCAUGAUUAUCACUACAUUUGGGGCAAGCUGCUACCUGGAGUAUACUGCCAUGGGCAGGGUGAGAAAAAUUGAUCAAAAAUAAAUGUCUGCUCUACAUUUUACAGCAAAUGACUUUGGUGUACAAUGUACUACUCAGUUUCCAGUAAGAUAUUUAGUUACAUAAAAGACCACUGAAAAAUGUAGAGUUUCUGCAACAAUUGAUUCCCUAAAUGUGUAGAGCAGGCAUCCCCAAAAGUAAGCCAUCUGUUCUGAGGGUUUAAAUUGUGCCUUUUCAGAACCACCUUGGUUUGGAAUUCUCUAGCCUAGAUGAGUAAGAGUAGGGUUCCCCUUAAAGCAAGAAUUCAUUCACUGUGGCCCUUUACCCCCCAUGGCUCAUUAUGAUAAGAAUGAAGAGAACAAGGUGGCAAUCCCCACCCAUGCUGCAAUUUAUCUGCUUGUGUUUCCUCCUCCAAACAUAAAUCAACUUGCUUAAAUCACCCUUGUGAGCUGUCUGCUAGAAAGGUCUUUCCUUGGCUUGGCAAUUUGAUGAUUUUUGCAUGUGUGUUUGUGUUAACAUGUACCAGCUUACUGAAUUUGUCAUAGCAAUUUGUCAUUGCACAUAUGCCAUAACAGAUUUAGACCAGACGCAGUGGGUCAGAAAUGGUGGCAAAAUGUGCCCCGGAAAGCUAAGCAAAGGGCACACCUUCAUCUUGAAGGUAUAAAAUUGCUUCUGCUAAGCACACGAGCUUUUCUACUUAAAAUCUGUACAGCUUCAAAGUGACUGGUUUGUGUUAAAACACCUGAAACUUUAAUGUCUGCUUUAAUCUGUUGAAGCCACUGUCUUUCUUAUAUAAUUGUAUUUCUAUGCAAGGACUUGAUUGUCUGUGCACAAAAUGCUUUAAUAAAGAAUCUUCUGUUCCUAAGGAAGCUUGGUCACAUUGCUUGAUUGAAAAGCUUUUGUGAAAGUCUCCUCAAGCACCUUUGCCCUCUCCCUAUGGUUGGACAGUAGAUUAUGUGUUACUAUAAAGCUAUGGUUUUCCAGAUGACUCCUUCCAGGUAACUUACCUGCUGGUUGAAUUACUGGUGCAUCUAUCACGGAAACCCUACAGAAGUCCUAGUAUACCUACAGAUUGGCGUGAGGGGCUGCUGUUCACUCCCUUUUGACUGCACCCUAUAAUGCAUCCUGUGUCUGUACAGCGUAGGGCAUAAUCUGUAGUGGUGGGGAAACUGUCACUAAAUAAUGUUUUGUCCCUUGUCUUAUCUCCAUUUUUGAAACUCCACGGUCGCCUCUUUCUCCAUUUUCCUGAAACACAGUUUGAAAGCUACUGCUGCAAGGCUAAGCCAGAUGACAUAAACUCAUCACUUGCAGUUAAAAAUAGCAAAAGCUUGUGAGGGCAGGGGGAAGCAUAUGAGGAUUGCAGAAGAUGGGGAGGGGAGGUUUAAAACUUUCCCUCCCUGAUGCAAUCCUGACAAAUUGAAGAACCCUUAAAAGUUGGUGCUGGUCUGGACAGAAAAGCCUCUGUUGGCACCAGUGCAGACCUCCCUGUGAGGGCUGAUGCAUCAGUUAAAAAUAACAGAGUGGGGACAUCAGGACCAUGGCAUGAGAGGAAAAGGUUAAACCUCCACACCCCAUGUUCUGUGGACCUGGCAAAUCCUUCCCUGCUAUUUUUAACUAAUAUGAUUGCAAGUCCAAAAGUUGGCUCUAAAAGCAGAGAUGGCUAAAAGGUAGACUAAGUAGACCAGACAGAGUAAACAACACUUACAUGCAGCUUUUGCAAUCUUGCAGGGUUUAAAUAUGUAAGCUAUGCAAGACUGGAUUGUAGUUAAGAAUCAUUCCAGUGCACACUAUAAUAUUGCCUAGAUCCUGCCUCUCCAUAAAUCCUCUUUAAACACUUAUAUGUCUUUAAUUUUUAUCCUGUCUGGGGAAAAACAGGAAGAGCUGGGGAAACCAUGUUAAUAGCUGAACCCUGCAUGCUCAGAUGUUCUGAAAGCACUCACUUGGGCUUAGAAUUCGCAGCAUCAAUAGCUGGACCCAUAUUACAGUAUCUAGGUAGUAUAUCUCCUGCCAACCUAGCAGUUCGAAAGCACGUCAAAGUGCAAGUAGAUAAAUAGGUACCACUACAGCGGGAAGGUAAAUGGCAUUUCCGUGUGCUGCUCUGGUUAGCCAGAAGCGGCUUUGUCAUGCUGGCCACAUGACCUGGAAGUUGUAUGCGGGCUCCCUCGGCCAGUAACGCGAGAUGAGUGCCGCAACCCCAGAGUCGGUCACGACUGGACCUAAUGGUCAGGGGUCCCUUUACCUUUAGGUAGUAUAUAUCAAGGCAGUUUGAUUCACUCAAUUAGGGUGUGUUUGUACUAUUUAGCAGCUGCAUUGUAUGGCCAAGCUGCAUUACGCAUGGAGGAUUGGAAUGUGGGGCCAAGUCCUUCCUCUCUUUGGCUUGGACUAGAAGGCAUCAGGUGUUUAAGCUAGCUGAUGUCCUUCAAAACUACCCUGAAACUCCCUUAGACUAGGUGGUAUCUGGGAAGGUACACAUGUAAGACUUACUGUCUGUAUCUGGGCACUCAUUUGGAGCUAAGAUUUGGGCUGCUGUCAGGACGCUUUCAGGGCAGCCAAAUCCCUGCAUAGUAGCAUUAGGACAAUUUUUAGCCUUGCCGUAAGAUGUGUAUGGUCUACAUCAGGCUAUGGGCAACCUGUGCUCUUCCGUAUGCUAUUGGUCUGCAGCUUCUGGAAGCCCCAGCCAUUGCAGUUAAUGGCCAUGGAAGAGGGGAGUGGGAGCCCAGCAACCGAACAUCUGAAGGGAGAUUGGUUCCCCAUCUCCUGCCUAAAUGGGCUUAAGGCUGAGCUGUCUUACCUUGUGCUUGAAGUAUCGCUGAAGUAGAGGCAAGGCUUUCAAAUCAGCAUGGCUGGGAUCAGGCUGCAGAUCCUGAAAACGUGCAUAGUAGUAAGAGAAGCUCCUUUCAGUUGUGUUAGGCUGGCUCUAGAAAAUCACAGGUACUCUGAAAGUGAACUAGUGCACUCCUAUGCUUGUAAUACAUGUCCAGUAUAAAAAGGGUGGUUUUUAAAAUAUACAUAGGCGUUGCUUCUUGGGGCAGCAGAAUUAUCUGCUCAUUUUUACAGUCUGCUCGUUUUUACAGUCACAAUCCCAAUAAUGUCAUAGCAGGGACAGGGGACUUUUGAUCCUCCAGCUGUUGGUGAAAUCUAGCUCUCAUGGGAGUUGUUCAACAUCUGGAGGGGCAAUAGUCUGGCACCCCAACAGUUGCUGGAUAGCAAAAAGAUUGAACAUUUAGGGAAAGAGAGUGUUUGCAAGACUAUGCCAUCAUAUGCACUUGGAAGAAGGAAAUAGUGCUUCCAAGUUCCUACUGUUGUUGGGAAGGACUGCAUCUGUAAAUAAUAUUUGUAUUAUCUGCAGCUAGAGACACACAUUCUGUACUGUAAAAUGGGUAAACAAUUUCUAUGUUUGGUAGCGUAGUAUUUCCUGUAAGGGGUAAACUCUGUGACGUCCUAAUUCAGUAACUCCUGAGCGAAGAGAAGGAAUUUUGCAGAUUGCCUGAAUUUGCACCUCAUAAAAUGGGCUCUCUGAGCCUCCUUGUUUGGGUAGAUUUGGGCCCAAUUUCGUGGUCUGUAAUGAUACCCUAACAUUCCACAAAAUUCUGGGCGUUUUGUAUGCAAGAAUACUGCACACAUUUCUAAUAGCCCUAGAGAUGUUUUGUGUUAGUAUGCUACCUUCAGCUAAAGUUACGACUUUUAGGGAGUGGUGAGGACCAUGGAAGGCCAGGGUUAGCCCAGGAAAUUAUUUUUGCAAAAGGCCCUGGUUCUGGCCUUCCCAGAAAACAUCUAGCUUACUACUUAUGGAAACAGGGUCCUGAGCAACAGAAAACAGUUUUUGUCCCAGUAAGGUUCUCCUUUGUUUCAAUAUCAAUGGUGGAAAUGCAUUGCAGAAUAGUUUGUUUUGAUACCGAACCUUUUUGCACCUGGGGCCCAGAAGUGGGACCAUGCACACACAGUGGGGUGGGUGGGGGAAAAGAGAAGGUUUGGGUUCGGGUUAUAACUUGCUGCUGAUAGCUGCUCAGGGAGGAAUGGAGUUUACGCCAGGAAUAUGGCUGGUGGGGAUGAAUAUCCCAGUAUGUCAUCCUCCCCAAACAAUCCCGUCUCCCCAUCACAGUUGUGCCACCAAGAGGCUAUUUGGUGGGCUGGAGAUAGUGCAUCUGGAGGAGUGUCAACUGAGAGGGCAGCUUGGGUACUUGCACGCCCACACUGAAGGCAUCUAGGUUUCCCACACAGGCAGCAAAUGGGAAGGGGGAAGAAUUACUUUGUCAUCCAAACGGGACCUCUCAACUGCUUAACAUUCCUAUUACCCUUUCUCCAUCCAGCUGAAGAUUGCAUCCCAGAGGUGGACUACUUCUUUGUGCCCAUUAUGGUGGGAGCAUCUCUGGCAGGAUUAAUUGCUCUCGUUCUUAUGGCUUAUUUUGUUGGCCGCAAAACUCGUCCUAACGCUGGCUAUGAGCAGCUCU